AUAAAAAAUAAAUAUCCAUAAACCCUAAACCCGCACAAUUAAAUCAAUUUGGGGAAUGAUAAAUUGAUCCAUUAGUAAGUAUGUUGAGCAUGGAGCUAAGGCCAUGCUUGAAGCUUGUUUAGGAUGCAUUCUAUGCUUCGAUUUCUAUUGCUCUCCGGGAAAUCAUCCAUAUACUCUUCCCCAUAUUCUACAAAUUCGACUGCAAAUCAUUCAGUUUUCCAUUUUCUAAAUUCUUCACUAUCUAAUCGCCCAAAAUUCAGCCAACAAUAUCUUGGUAUUUUACAGAGUUUUCUCUUCUCACCUCGCUCUUUUUCUGAUUAUGCUGUUGAGCAAUUCUCUGAUGAUGAAUAUGAGUGCGAUUUUGAAACGAAUACGGCAUCCUCUUCAGUGGCGAAUAUUGAUGAGUGGAAGUGGAAACUCAGCGUUCUGUUACGCAAUGAACAAGAGCUGGAGAUUGUGUCUAGAGACAAGAGAGAUCGUCGAGAUUUCGAGCAGAUUUCAAAUCUUGCUAGAAGAAUGGGGCUUCACUGUGAGAUAUAUGGGAAGGUGGUUGUUGCAAGCAAGGUCCCACUUCCAAAUUACCGGCCAGACCUUGAUGAUAAGCGGCCUCAAAGAGAGGUGACAAUUCCAUUAAGCGUACAAAGGAGAGUGGAAAGUUUACUCCAGGAACAUCUGGAUAGGAUUAAAUUGAGCCCGGGAAAAUGUAAUGAUAGUUCACUGGAAUGUAAGGCCUCAGAUGCUGAUAGGAACCUCACUUUGGAUGGGGAGUCAGAUAGUAUGUUAGAUGUUUCUGUUGUGGAAAAGAUUCUUCAGAGGAGGAGCUUGCGAUUGCGUAAUAUGCAGAGAGCUUGGCAUGAAUCUCCUGAAGGUAGGAAGAUGCUGGGCUUUAGGAAAUCACUGCCUGCAUUUGAUGAGAAAGAGAGGCUUCUUCAAGCAAUUGCAAAAAAUCAAGUAAUUGUGAUUUCGGGUGAGACUGGAUGUGGUAAAACCACCCAACUCCCUCAGUACAUUUUAGAGUCGGAGAUAGAGUCUGGUCGUGGUGCAUUCUGCAACAUUAUCUGCACACAGCCUCGAAGAAUAUCUGCCAUGUCUGUUGCAGAACGAGUGUCUGCAGAGAGAGGAGAGCCUCUUGGUGAAACCGUUGGAUAUAAAGUCCGUUUAGAAGGAAUGAAAGGGAAAAAUACCCAUCUACUUUUCUGUACCAGUGGUAUUUUGCUACGCCGCCUGUUGAGUGAUCGAAACUUGAAUGGGGUGACCCAUGUCUUUGUGGAUGAAAUUCAUGAGCGAGGAAUGAAUGAAGACUUUCUCUUGAUUGUGCUAAAGGAUCUUCUCCCCAGACGUCGGGAUUUGAGGUUGAUUCUAAUGAGUGCUACAUUAAAUGCGGAACUGUUUUCUAAUUACUUUGGAGGUGCCCCUAUGAUUCACAUACCGGGAUUUACAUAUCCUGUGAGGGCACAUUUUCUUGAAGAUGUAUUGGAAAUUACAGGAUAUAAAUUGACCUCAUUCAACCAAAUUGAUGAUUAUGGCCAAGAAAAAGUUUGGAAAACACAAAGGCAACUAGUGCCAAGGAAGAAAAAGAAUCAAAUUACCACUCUUGUUGAGAAUGCUCUGAAAGAUUCAAGCUUUGAAAACUACAGUCCCCGUGCACGGGAUUCUCUGUCAUGUUGGUCACCUGACUGUAUCGGUUUUAAUCUCAUCGAAGCUGUUUUAUGUCAUAUAUGUCGAAAGGAAAGGCCUGGCGCUGUUUUGGUUUUCAUGACUGGCUGGGAGGAUAUUAGUUGCUUGAAAGAACAGAUUAAAGCUCAUCCAUUGCUAGGAGACCCGAACAGGGUUCUGCUACUCACUUGUCAUGGUUCAAUGGCUACAUCUGAACAGAAACUGAUAUUUGAAACGCCGCCACUCAAUGUACGUAAAAUAGUUUUGGCUACAAAUAUGGCUGAGGCUAGCAUCACAAUAAAUGAUGUAGUCUUUGUUGUUGAUUGUGGGAAAGCUAAAGAAACCACAUAUGAUGCUUUGAAUAACAUCCCAUGUCUGCUGCCUUCUUGGAUAUCGAAGGCUUCUGCUCGGCAAAGGAGGGGCAGGGCUGGUCGUGUACAGCCUGGAGAGUGCUACCAUUUAUAUCCUAGCUGUGUGUAUAAGGCUUUUGCUGACUACCAACUUCCUGAACUCCUGAGAACUCCAUUAAACUCUCUGUGUUUGCAAAUAAAAAGUUUACAAAUUGGUAGCAUUGCAGAAUUUUUGUCGGCUGCUCUGCAGCCACCAGAAUCAUUGGCAGUCCAAAACGCAAUUGGUUUUCUGAAAAUGAUUGGGGCUUUGGAUGAGAAUGAGCAUCUUACAAAUCUUGGGAAAUAUUUGGCUAUGCUCCCAGUUGAUCCAAAACUUGGAAAGAUGCUUAUAAUGGGUGCCAUCUUCUGCUGCUUUGACCCUGUUCUAACAAUAGUGGCGGGUCUUAGUGUCAAGGAUCCUUUUCUUUUACCUCAAGAGAAAAAGGAUUUAGCUGGGAUAGCGAAGGCCAGAUUUUCUGCAAAGGAUUACAGUGACCAUAUGGCACUUGUUCGUGCAUAUGAAGGAUGGAAAGAUGCUGAGAGAGAAGGAUCUGCUUAUGAAUACUGCUGGAGGAAUUUCCUCUCUGCUCAAACUCUUCAGGCUAUCCAUUCCAUUCGGAAGCAAUUCAAUUUUAUUUUAAAAGAUGCUGGCCUAAUUGAUGAAGAUGUGACUUCAAAUAAUAAGUUAAGUCAUAAUCAAUCAUUGGUCCGUGCAGUCAUAUGUUCUGGCCUGUUCCCUGGCAUAGCAUCUGUUGUGCACAGGGAGACGUCAAUGUCAUUUAAGACGAAGGAUGAUGGACAAGUUUUACUCUAUGCGAACUCAGUCAAUGCACGAUACCAGACAAUUCCCUAUCCUUGGCUAGUCUUUGGGGAAAAAGUAAAAGUCAACACUGUUUUUAUACGUGAUUCAACAGGUGUCUCUGAUUCAAUAUUGAUGCUCUUUGGUGGUGCUCUUAGCAAUGGAGGGCAGCCUGGGCAUUUAAAAAUGUUGGAUGGCUAUGCUGAGUUUUUCAUGGAUCCAAACCUGGCGGAGUCCUACGGCAAGUUGAAGGAGGAGCUUGAUAAGCUCUUGCAGAAAAAGCUUGAAGACCCUACCAUUGACAUCCUAAAAGAAGGAAAGUACCUAAUGUUUGCUGUUCAGGAACUAGUAUCAGGAGACCAAUGUGAAGGGAGAUUCGUGUUUGGCCGUGAAAGUAAGAAACCCAAGGAUCCUACGGAUAAUAAUAGAUUCACAAGAGAUGGAAUGAACCCGAAGAGCUUGCUGCAAACUUUAUUGAUGAGAGCUGGACAUUCUCCUCCUAAAUACAAAACUAAACACUUGAAAACCAAUGAGUUCAGGGCACUAGUGGAAUUCAAGGGCAUGCAAUUUGUGGGGAAGCCCCAGAGGAACAAGCAGCUGGCCGAAAAGGAUGCUGCUAUUGAAGCUUUGGCGUGGUUGACUCACACCGACCACAAAAUUGAGAACGAGGAUGAUAAUUCUCCUCCAGAUGUCACUGACAAUAUGCUUAAACUCCUUGGAAAACGUAGGAAAUCUAAACGCCAUUGAUACUCUUUGGCUACCUUCCUUUUGUUGCUGCUCACAGAAAGUGAGGAUAAGUAGCUGAAGCUUGUAGUAUUUGCUCGAGAAUGCUUUCUGAAUGCUUCUGAAACUUAUCACAGGGAAGGCCUCUCAAUGAGUUUCUUUUACAGAAGACGUGAACGCUAAAGCUACCAACUAAUAAUGAUCAGCAGUCCAGAUGAGAAAAGACAGUCACAUUUUUUUUUAUAUAUUAUUAUUAUUAUUAACAUUGAUGGAGCAGAAAAUACAACAGGAAAAUAGGGAAUACAAUAAUUUUGGCAUGGUUUUAUCUUGAUAUUAGAUGAUUAGAUCCAUAUUAUGUUGUUUGGGGCCACAAGAAUUGUACAGACUGUAAUAUUCAUUUGUUCCAAGAUAUCAGGUAAUGACUACGGGCCAUCAAGAAUCAAUAGAGUUCUCAAAUGAAAUGAACAUCUAAUACGAAAUUUCAUGUUAUCUUAAAAUUA